GUUCGACGCGCGCGCCCGCCGGGCUUUAGUUGAUGUCGAGAGCGUCGCAGGACGCGCGCGCGCGCAUCUCUUCUCGCCCGUUGGUCGGUGGAGUAUUUUUUGUUUCCUUCGAGGGCGCUCGCUCGUUCAUCGCAAGCCUGCAACAAGGAUUAUCGCGAAGUCGUGCGACGGGACCACGCCUGCCGCUGCGGUGCACGGGACUACCGAGAAGAGGACCUGCACUGCACUAAUAAGUGAUGAUGAUGAUGCUUCCGGCUAUGCGUGCGUUCGUUCUCCUCUCGCUGGUGUUCUUGUCCGGUGCGGUCGGAGUUGCGGUCGCUGCUAGACGUCGUGGCGGCGGCGGUAAGCCGCCCAUCGUCGAAGAGGCCACGCGCAGGAAGCUCAACAGACAAACACAUUGCCAGUUUGGAAACCUGACGUACGAGCUGGAGGAACGAUGGCGUCCCGACCUGGGUCCACCUUUCGGCGUGCUCUAUUGCGUUCGCUGUGAGUGCACUCCUGUUCACCGUAAAAAGAGGGUCGUGGCCCGGGUCCGCUGCGAGAACAUCAAGAACGACUGCCCCAAGCCGACCUGCGACGACCCCGUGCUCCUUUCCGAGAGAUGCUGUAAGACCUGCCCGGGAGAAGACUAUGCAGACUUGGAAGAGGGCUUGGCCUUGCGCAAGCUGGAACUGGAUGAUGAGGACAGGAACUCCAAAGAGUUCAGUGCACUGCUCACUGGUCGUGGUUCGUAUCCCACCGUGGCUACGACCGUUGCGGCCGUCGGGUACUUGACCUACAUAAAGAAGGACCUCCACAUCGGCGUCUACCACAACAGCCCCACUCCCGUCACCAGCAUCCUCAUCACAAACGAAGAGGGCUACAUCGUCCAAGAGCAUGAAGUGGCAAACAAGAACACGCUGUCUGCCGACAACAGCACUCAGGUUUGUGCCGUGUGGAACAAGAUCCCGAAGGUGUACCGGCGGCUUCUCCAAAAGGAAAAGCUUCACAUGGCACUGGUGACCAACGGACAUCCCAACGGACUGGUGGCAGGUCGCAUUGUGCAGUCCACUAGGCUCGAACCAGAGGUGUUCAGCUCGCUCAUGGUUCCCGAACCUGGGGUGAAGGAGACGCUGGGCGGCGGAGGCGUCGCCGCUAUUUCGCCGUCCAGGACGGACAUCCACGUCACGGUCAUGUUCAACGGAAUAUUCUCUCCGACAGACGCCAGAGACGUGGUAGUCAAACUAAGCCUCCUAGCUGGAAAGCUCACUGAGCCGACCGUGGUCGCCAGCUCCGAAAUAACGCUGCCGAAAAUUCACGUCUCGCUCAACACGGCCAGCGUGAAGCUGACCCUGCCUCCGGAGCAGCAGCCGUUGCUGGUGGCCGGCAAACUGAGCAUGCGCCUGACGUCACCCGAUGGAAGACGCCAUAUCGAAGGACCAGUCAUCGUCAGGCCGACCUGCAACAUCUUUCAAGCUGUGCUGACAGCGGAGACGUCAAACUCUGGCUUCGCAGUACUGAACGUUAACCAUGACGGAUCAAUAUCUUACCAGGCAUACGCGUCCGGAAUGAACAGCGCACCCAUGGUGGUUGUCCUGGAAACGGACAGCCCGGCGGACAACGAGGUUCGCACCAUGGCUGCCUCGUACAACCCGCCCUUCGCGUACCACUGGACGAACGGCACAUUCACCCGCGGCACUAGCCAAGUGCUCGAGAUGCUGCUGACGGACGACUUGACUUUCAAGGUGCUCUCUGAAGGUCAGAGCGAACUGCGUGGCCGAGUGAAGCAGCGUCUCUACUCGGACGCCUUUCUCAGUGCAGAGGCUCCUGUGCUGCUCAUGUCCGAGGGUAACAGUUCGGCAGCGGGACAGGCGUGGCUCUCGGUUGACAAGUCGUGCAGGCUUCACUACUCGGUCUUCGUCUCGGGACUUGAGCCCAGCGAACGACACCUGCUCGAACUUCUCGAGAUCACGCCUGCAUACAACGUGAUGCCCAGUGCGCGCAGCGUCCAGAGGGUUCUCCAGAGGAUCACCGGAGACGAGCUGGAAGAUACCCUGGACGAACCGAGCGCGGCUACUCUCCACCGACUCAGCGGCGGGUCCUCAUACUUACUGGUCACAUCGAAGUCUGGAAAGUCCAAGCAAGUCGAGCUCCGAGGACACAUCAGAGAUAUUCGAAUUCCCGACAACUGCCUCCCCGAGCUCGCCAAGAGCGGAGUCAUCGGCGGGUCCGGAAACACGGCCGUGCCCGGCUAUUCUAGCGACGCCGGAGGUGGUGGUGAGAACAACGAGAUCUACCGAAUCGAGUCCAACCACAAGUGCUACUACGACGGCGAGGUGUUCGACGACGGGGCCCAGUGGACGGCGCGACACGAGGCUUGCGUCAUGUGCUCCUUACAGAGAGGCCGUCUGGUAUGUGACCCCGUCGUGUGCCCUGCCGUGCAAUGCCCCAAUGCAGUGACACUCCCAGGGGAAUGCUGCCCAACGUGCCAAGACGAGUCGGGUGGUCUGAACGCGACUUUCGCGCCGGGCGAGGCCCACUCUCCGCACGGUUGCUUCCUCGAGGGAGACAAGAAGUUCCACCUGGCCGGCUCCAAAUGGCACCCGUACAUCCCGCCCUUUGGCUUCAGCCGGUGCGCCGUCUGUACAUGCCAGCCAACGACGCUGACUGUGGAGUGUCGGCGCAUCACAUGCCCACCACUGAGUUGCUCUGAAAAGGAUGCUUACAGAGAGAACGCCCUGUCGUGUUGCAAGAAGUGUCCCAACGUGAUUCCCGUGAAAUCCCAAGAGGGAAGUGUCCCAACGCAGCUUCACGAUCAAGGAUCGAAAAAGACGCCAAAGGACAUUCUGUCAAGUGGAGGAUGUCAGUUUCAGCUACAAGUAUUCCACAAUGGAGAGGAGUGGCAUCCAACAGUACAGCCUUUUGGUGAAAUGAAGUGCAUUAGGUGCCACUGUAAGGAUGGCAAAUCUCGGUGCAGAAGGCAGCGGUGUGCCAAGCUGUCAUGCCCGAUAAAGUUCCAGAAAGAAGACGAGUGCUGUCCGCGCUGUGCUGACAACGGUGAGGGCCGAACCGGAGACAGACCUCCGCGGAGGACGGGACGCAAGCGCAAGACCCGGGGCGGGACGCCGUGGAACUGAGCCGGAGGCCAAUAUGGGUGUCCCUGCCAACACGGAUUGUCCCACUAAAACGCCGCCGGAAUGCGCCAACACAAGCAGCUGAGCGAACUAAAACGAGGGAGAGAGCAAGAACAAAGAGACGGGCGGUUGAAAAACCCUGGCAGCUGUACAUUCCACCGACCAACUUCCGGCCGAACGGAAGUGCCGAACACCGCCGCCGAGGGUGAACUCCCCGCCCACGUGACGACGACGACGACCGCUGCCCCUCUCUCGUCAGAUCGCUGGCUUUCGCCGCCCCCUUUAAACAUUCGCACCGGAACAUUGUGUGCCCCCUCCAGUUUCAAUCGACUGCAAGGAUCGACUCAGAUUUGAUACAUAUCCGCCCAGAAUGGCGGUGCGCUGUUUUCUUUUUCUCACCAGUCGCAACCGGCCACGCCAUGCGUGGUAGGUGGCAGUGAAGUGGGGGAGAGUGGUGUGAUCGAAGGAACAACAUGUGAGGAUGAGGGCAUCGUCAGUCAUAUCUACCGCGUUAGCUGCGCUGGUGGCUUGUUCUUCUUGUGGUGCUGCGUGCCGAACUAAGCCUGCCUGGCUGCUUCGAUGGAUACUUUCUGUUAUUUUGUUUCGACACGAAUGCCUCUAGCUACCACGUGCUCCCCUCGCUACCGCCGAACCCUCCCUCUCUCUCUCUUCUGCCAGUGUUACGAGACGUUGUUCAGUGCGCGAACGGCAGAACACGGAGGAGUGGGAGAGGUACGACCGACUGGAGCGAAGCAGGAGUGAAGCGGAGACGGAAUACUCAAAAUACCAGCUGCGAACUUUGACUAAUCCAGCUUAUGUCGCCAUCUACGCAAGCCAAAGUUUCCACCACGAGCUUCGUCCAACAUUGUGAAAAAAAGAAACAAAGAAGUGCGACAGCGAUGACGACGCUCUUCUCCUUUGACUCUCUUGUCUCUGUGCAACUGUGUACGGAGUGUCCGUAUAAUGUAGAACAGUGUCCGCAUUAACGAAAAAAAAAGUGUGGUAUGAAAAGUGUCAUGGCGCUUGUGAGAGUACGAUAACGGACACGUUGCUAAAUGCCCGUUUUCUUGACAGAUCUUUUCAGUAUCUUUUUUUUCGGGUUAUGAUAACGGAGGUCUUUACAGAGAUCACGGCAGCUACUUGUCGAGGAAAUGUCUUCAAGUGAAGUUCACUUAUGAAACUGCUUAUGCACUACAUUAUUUAUGCAUUUCAUAUCCGAAGCCCUCUUUAUGAAAAUCUUUAGGCGGCUCUUGGCGACAGAUUAGACCGUGACAUCACUGAUUUACGGUUGUGUCUUACACUAAAACAAGUGUUAACACUUAUAAACUGCAAUGCGGAAACUGCAAUAGACCAAAGACUAGACGAGGCUGUAGAUUACACUGAGCUGAAUAGGUCUCAUAUCUUGUUCGUCUGCUCUUCUUUUCCUGCUGUGGCUCCAACCUCGAAAUACCAACUAGUUGAGUGCACCGCAAAAAUGUUUUGCAAAGCAAAACAUUCGUGUAUACUUAAUGCAUACGAUGACUAUUUCGCAAAAUAAUUAUCGGCGAUGCUUUCACUUUACCGGACGAAGGAAACUUCGUCAAAUUUAGCGUCAUGAUAAAUGAUAACGCUAUACUAUAGAUGCUGUUCUCAUGCACGAUCAACUACUACACUAAAAAAAAGCAUAUCACUUCGCUUGUGAUUACGGGUCGAAAUAAUUCAGGAUAACUGCUUUUUAACUGCGCUAUUCCUUGGUCAAACGCGUUUGCCAAGCGUACUUUCUAAGCAAGGUCGGCGAUGCCGUACUUGAUAUGCAAACGCGUCAGAAUGAUGUUAGCACGUGACCUUUUUUCAUAGCGCCCAGCCACAUUAUGUUGUUGUGUACAGGGUGCGUAACUGCUUGCGGUAGCUACGCAGCAACAAUUAAAACAUUGCCUAACGAGGAAGCAUGUGCCAAUUUUUACCAAGAUGGUAAUUUUUUGUCGUUGCUGUUUCCGAAUGUUUGCACCGAUGACGAUGCCUUGUCAAAAUGCACUUGCCGUGUGAAAGCAGCGCUAAUACAACCGGUUCACUUCUUGAUCAGUGUGUUGCAUGUGCUCCUCUUUAGGUUAGCAUCAAAGCAGAAACCUGUUUUGCGCAACGCAUGGUGGAAAGGUGAACUGCCCUGAGUGAAAUGACAUUGGAUCUCUUCCGAAUAAAGCGCGUACAUACCUACUGAAGCGCUCAGUAUGCCGUUACAAUAUCGCCGCAUGUUUCCAUGAGGUCCUUACGGAAAUAUACGCAUUCUCUAGGGAAACAUACGGAAUUAUUGGAUGACAUAAGGAAGAUUUCAGUACGGACGUAUUGUCUAGUUGCUGCAUUCACAGUAAGGUGGCUUCGUGGAAGUACAGCUGUGUUCACAGAGACGACAAGAACAAAGAACGAACCAGCGACACCAUCGUAUAUAUCGCACGGUGGUGCCCUCUACUGUGUUUCGCACGUCAAUGGCGCCCUGUAACGUAACUCUCCAGGAGUGGUGGUGAAGCAUCCACGCUGUCCAACGACCUUUGACUCGUUCUUUUUGCGAUAGCUCGGAUGAAAUGAUCGCAGUUAAAGCUAUCGCUGAACUCGAUAAUCAGCGCAAAGAAAGUCGCCGGAUGUUGCAUUUCUCCGAGAUCUUGAAACUUGUUGUAUUCUGUGCGCGUCUGACUUGCAAUUUUAUCUGUGUCAUUGUUUUAUUGUGUUUCUUUUUAAGUUGACGCAGCCCCAACGUGCAGCUGAGAUUUUAUUUAGAGGAAGCCUUACAGCGAGACAUUUUUCGUUUUUCUUGAAACGUAAGAAAAAAGGACAAGGCGUGAGUCACAUAUUUGUACGAGACGCAUCCAGCGAAUCAAUGCGACUUAAGAGACGGCGAUAUACGGUAACAUCUUUCUCUUGCGGCAACUAGCACCAUAGUUGCUCGUGUGUAUCUAUUUCGAACAAGAUGAUUCGCGAGAUCAGCCGGUCACUCAAUCAUUUAGUAUUUAUCAGUUACUGCAGACAGAAAAAAAAUUUUGCGUCCGAAUACGGCUUCCUCUGAUUACGCGGCAUUCAUUUUGCAGUUGUGCGUUUCAGUAUGGGUACUGUUUACGUAAUGAGUUCAUUUAACGAUGUACAUUUUGUGUAAACAUGAAUCCUUACGCGAGAAAUAUCUGACCUCGGGCACCCGGAACAUAGCAGUUCCAUCGCAGCUUUAAUAAUUUUUUUUGUCCAUGUACGAGUCGUUUGUUUUACGCUGAUUAAUGACACAAAUACGUAGGGCGUGGGCGCGCAUGUUGCCUCAUUUGUUAUUUAUUAUGUUACUCUCAUUCGCCCAUGGUGAUUAAAAAGACAUGCGCCCUGCUGUGAGUUUUAUUUUGUGUUACCUUUCUGCUUAGCUUUUCUUUAAUUUCUUGUUUCUUUUUUUUUUGUGAACGCCUUCGUGUACAUUCAGCUUGCAUUCAUCUAGCAAAACUCUGCGAAACGUUUAAUCCCUGUGAGACGGAAAUCCAGAUGAAGCAUUAAUCUGUAUUAAUAUUUCAAAUAUUUACAAAUAUUUCUGCAUGAAAUGGGCGGCGAAUUAGUUACCUACACAAAUCUUCUAAUGUAAUCACCAAAGCAGUCAGUGUCGCAACUAAUAAUCUAAACAUAACUUUCAGAUCAAGAGAGAAAUAUGAGGUUAUGUAAAUACUACGGCGGUGUCUAUCACUGCUCGGCAUUGGCAGUUAUCAAGAACUAAAAACUGUCAGAAAUUUAUUCGAAAAUAUAACACAGUAGGCAUACACGCGAGCUGCUUAUGUCGUAAAGUGUAAACUUGACUGUUAUUUGAAUUCCGUUUAAAUGCAAGAAAAAUAGAGUAACAUCUGUUCCCAAUUUAUCUAGAUGUGCACAGCAGAAGAUAUGCAGCUACACUUUCAGCAUCGCUGAUGUAUAUUACAUUGUUUCCUUACAAGCUACUUUCUCUCUCUCUAUCUCAUACUUCUGUGCAGUUAAAAGCAUUUUGAAUGCACACAACCAUCUUCACAUCUACUUCGAUACUUAGCGUGUACGGCAAGACCGAGGUUGUCUUGAAGCCUGAGCACGGGCAGUUGUUUGUUUGCCUUUCCCGUUCGGAACUUCAGGUGUACAGAAGCAAAAGCGUGCAGUGUAUAUGCCUGCUUAUCAAGCUGUGCUAGACGUCAUUCUUAAAACCUCACCCUGCUUGGUAUUUGGCGGGUGCAGAAAUAUGUCGCGAACAAAAAAACAAUGCGGUGUCAGUCUGUUGCCAUGAAUGUGCCAACUUUGUCGAAACACAGGAAACAGUGGUAAGGUUGUGCUGAAACUCAGCACUGCCUUUUAGAGCAGGCGGCUGCUUUUUUUUAUUUGUUUUGUUUUUUGUUUCUGGACGCUGGCAUGGCCCUGUAUUUUCAGCUAUCGGGUCCCUAUGAAUUUAGCAGCGCGUAUAUUGGCGAACGCCAACUGACAGACGCAGCUGACUCAGAGUCCUAAGAAAGCGAAAUACGCGUUAUAAAAAUUAUGAAUAACGCGUUAAUCAACAACAGCUUGUCAAAUAUGAAUUCAUCUUGUCAGUGUAAUCAUCUAUAAAAACAUCUCUUUUGUUUUUUUUUGUGCGAACCUACAGUGGUCUCAAACAGUGCUUCGAACGAUGCUUUCGAUUGUCGCGCGCUUUAUUUAUAUUAUACGUGAUGAUUGUUUUGUUCUUGAACGCGCCUCUUUUUUCAAUAUGUCCGGCACAAAGUAUGAAGCAUGAGCUGUAUUGUUCUGCCAUAACUGAAUGCCCAUCUUGUAGAAUCUUCGUCGACUGCUUGCCUUGAUCAUCGUGUUUUCCUUGUCUUGUUAAUUGAAUCGCUUUUAGAGAAGGGUGCCCGUGAUUAUGUGGGUUUUUUUUCGGAUGGAGAAGAGGGAGUAAAAACGUGAGAGUGAGUAAUAAUGAAGAUAACUAAAAGUUAUUAUUGAGAAUAAAAUAAAGUAACUAUUGUUUGUC